AUGUCUCACAUUAACAAAGCUGCUCUUCUUACUGGAUCGACUGAUAAAGGCCAAUUGACUGAAGUUGGCGAAAUUGCUUAUCCAAAAAUUAAUGAUGAUCAAAUUUUAAUUAAAGCUAUUGCUUAUGCUGCCAAUCCUACUGAUUGGAAACACGUUCUUGGCAAAUGGGGUGGAAAAGGUGAUAUUGCAGGAUCUGAUGUUAGUGGUACAGUUAUUGAAGUUGGUCCUAAGGUUAAGGGGUUUGAAGUUGGCGAUGUGGUUUCGUCAUUUAUGCACGGUAACUUCUCUAAGACUAGAGGAGCAUUCAGUGACUACGUGAUUGCCGAUGUCAACACCACAAUCAAGUACGACAAGUCUACGUUCAAUUCUAAACCACUUGAAGUUGGUGAUCAUAAGUCAGAUUCGAUUAAUACAUUUGAAGGCGCUGCGUCCAUUAAUUUGGGGCUUGUAACGGUAGGCUUGUCUUUCAACCAUAAGCUUGGUAUCAAGGCUGAUAAACAAACUAACGCUUCCAAGUAUAUUUUGAUUUGGGGUGGUGCUACGGCUACAGGUAUCUUAGCAAUCCAAGUCGCUAAGCUUGCAUAUGGUUUAAAGGUCAUUACAACCGCAUCCUCAAAGCAUCACGAUUUCUUGAAAUCGUUAGGUGCUGAUGAAGUAUUUGAUUACCAUGACUCAAAUGUCAUUGAGCAGAUAAAGAAAACUGGUGGUGCUAACAUCAACUACGCAUUGGAUACUGUUUCCAACGAACAAACUUUCCAAUCGGUGUACGAUGCCACGGCUGAUACUAAGGAUGUUGCUAUUGAUAAUUUGCUCUUUUUAACUCCUGACAAAAUUAAGACUGAUGAUUCAAGAAAGGUUUCUUUCCAAACUUCCCUUGCAUAUUGUGUGGAUGGAAAUGAUGUUAACUUGAAUGGCUUAGUCGUUCCAUCACCACCGGAGUUAGUAAAGGAAUUCAACGAUUUUUGGUUCAAUGUUAUCCCACAAUACGUCACAAAACUCAGACAUGCUAACUUGAAGGUUUUGGAGCCUGGUUUGAAAACCACCAAUGAGGCUUUGGAAUUAUUAAGAGAGGAUAAAGUGGCCGGUCAAAAGGUUGUUUUCAGAGCAAAUUAA